AUGAAAAACAGGACCAUGCUGACUGAAUUUAUUCUACUGGGCCUCACAAGUCAACCUGAACUUCAGGUGGUGAUGUUCAUCUUUCUGUUUAUCACCUACAUGCUCAGUGUCCUAGGAAAUCUAACUAUCAUCAUCCUCACCUUACUGAAUUCUCAGCUCCAAACCCCCAUGUAUUUCUUCCUCCGGAAUUUCUCCUUCUUAGAAAUUUCCUUCACAUCCAUUUUUAUUCCCAGACUUCUCACCAGCAUGACAACAGGAAAUAAGGCCAUCAGCUUUGCAGGCUGCUUCAGUCAGUAUUUUUUUGCUAUAUUUCUUGGGGCAACAGAGUUUUAUCUCCUAGCUUCCAUGUCCUAUGAUCGUUAUGUGGCCAUCUGCAAACCCCUGCAUUACCUGACCAUUAUGAGCAGCAGAGUCUGCACACAGCUUGUGCUCUGCUCCUGGCUGGGGGGACUCCUUGCUAUCGUACCGCCAAUCACCUUGAUGAGUCAGGUAGAUUUCUGUGCCUCCAAUGUUCUGAAUCAUUAUUUCUGUGACUAUGGGCCCCUCCUGGAGCUGGCCUGCUCAGACACAAGUCUCUUGGAAAGGAUAGUUAUGCUUGUGGCUGUGGUGACUCUAGUGAUUACUUUGGUUCUGGUGACAGUUUCUUACACAUACAUCAUCAGGACUAUUCUGAGGAUCCCCUCUGCCCAGCAAAGGACAAAGGCCUUUUCCACUUGCUCUUCCCACAUGAUUGUCAUCUCCCUGUCUUAUGGCAGCUGCAUGUUUAUGUACAUUAAUCCCCGUAUAAAAGAAAGAGGUGCUUUCAACAAAGGAAUAGCUGUGCUUAUUACUUCAGUCACCCCCAUGUUGAAUCCCUUCAUUUAUACAUUAAGAAAUCAACAAGUAAAGCAAGUCUUCAAAGACACUGUUAGAAAGAUUGUGAAGUUUUAAGUAUCAGUUGUAGCCAUUGCAACCUCCAUCUCUUUGUAA